UAGAUUUAUGCUGCAUCUUUUAAUAUAAAAAUGAGUAAAUUGUCGUUUCGGGCACGGGCGCUGGACGCUACCAAGCCUUUACCCGUCUUCCGCUGCGAGGACUUGCCAGACCUGCACGAAUAUGCCUCAAUUAACCGGGCAGUACCGCAGAUGCCGACGGGGAUGGAGAAAGAGGAGGAAUCGGAACACCAUCUCCAGCGGGCCAUCUCAGCGCAGCAGGUGUACGGGGAGAAGCGGGACAACAUGGUGAUCCCCGUCCCCGAAGCCGAGAGCAACAUCGCCUACUACGAGUCCCUCUAUCCCGGGGACUUCAAGAUGCCAAAGCAGCUCAUUCACAUACAGCCUUUCAGUCUGGACACAGAGCAACCAGACUACGACCUGGACUCUGAGGAUGAGGCAUUUGUGACGAAGCUGAAGAGGAAGAUGGAGGUUGGCGCUCUGCAGUUUGAGGAGAUGAUCGACCGCCUGGAAAAAGGCAGCGGCCAGCAGCUGGUGACUCUCCAGGAGGCAAAACUCUUGCUCAAGGAGGAUGACGAGCUUAUCAGAGAGGUGUUUGAGUACUGGAGCAGGAAGAGGAAAUCCUGUAAGAGCGGCUCACUCAUCCCCACCGUCAAACAGGAGAAGCGCGACGGCUCCAGCACCAGCGAUCCCUACGUCGCCUUCAGACGCAGGACCGAGAAGAUGCAGACCAGAAAGAACCGUAAGAACGACGAGGCAUCGUACGAGAAGAUGCUCAAGCUGAGAAGGGACCUUAGCCGGGCUGUCACCAUCCUGGAGAUGAUCAAGAGACGAGAGAAGAGCAAGAGAGAGCUGCUGCACCUCACACUGGAGAUAGUGGAGAAGAGGAACAGCAUGCCAGACUUCGGCUGUGAUGUGAUGGCGGAGGCUAUAGCUCAGAGGGCGUUGGUCAAGCCAGUUUACACAAUACCCAUCAUUCCUCUCUCCAGCGGAGGCCAGUACCGCCACCAGGACCACAUGGAGCUUAAGGACUUCAAGACUAAGCCUGAAAAGACGGAGGUGGUCAGGACAAAGAGGAAGUAUGAGAAGAAACCCAAGGUUCCUCCUCUGUCUGCGCCCCUGCAGUCAGGCCCUUCUGUCUUCAACCCUAAGGACCUCAACCAGUACGACUUCCCCAGUUCCGACGACGAGCCCUUCUCUCAGAUGCAUUCUGGCUCGUCAGAUGCCGAGGAGGAGAAUGACCCAGAUGGAGCGUUUGCUUUCAGGCGAAAGGCUGGCUGUUUUUACCACGCCGCCCGGUCGGGACGGCAGGGGAGCUGGCCGUGGUGUAGCGAGGCGGAGGGAGGAUCGUGUGAUCCACGCUUUCGCUACUCUCUCACCACGCUCACAGUACCGCGCCGCUGCCUCGGGUUGGCACGGCGACGAGUGGGACGAGGCGGCAGAACUCUGCUCGACAGAGCCCACUCCAAUCUGGACGGCAUUUCCCACAAUCUGGAUUCUGACUCGGAACCAGAGCCCUCGUCUCCUGCCCCGUCGCGCCCCUCAGAGAGUACCUCACACGCCAAUACCUCCAACUCCUCAUCUUCCUCUGCCCCGGACCUGAAGCAGAUCCUGCGCAACAUUAAAGCAUGUCGCUGGAGGCACUUUAGACCACGGACACUAAACAACCAGUCAGGCUCAGGUGACGGCUCGCAAUGGAGACCGUUCAGGGGCUUCGCCCGGACCCCCUCCAGUACUCUCAAAUCAAACACAAGCUCCCAGAGCCGAGGAGGAGCCGGAGGGCCCCCUUCCGUUGCAUUCACAGCUGAGCAGUACCAGCAGCACCAGGAACAGCUGGCUCUCAUGCAGAAACAACAGCUGGAACAGAUUCAGCAGCAGGCUAAUGACACCUCCACCAACACACAGCCUUUGUUGUCAAAGACGCUGGAUUCAGUCAGUGCCCAGUUUGCUGCCUCUGCGCUGGUGACCUCUGACCAGCUCCUGACCUUGAAGGUGAAAGAGGAUGGAGUUGUGGGAAGUGGAGUGAACGGGGUCCUUCAAGCCUCAGGGGUUUACAAGGGCUUACACCUCCCCACCACCACAUCAGCUUCUCCCCACUCCGGCCUGUCCUCCUCCACAACCCUGGCCUCCACAGCGACUGCCGCCCCGCCCACCUUCUCCACUGCCAAUAGUAACAGCCCCAACACAGGCCCCUCCCACAAUGCCCUCAACUUGCUCGGCAACCAUAGCAAUGCCACCAGCUCAGCCCCGGUCCUCAUUGGUAGUAGCCUACGCCUGAGCGUGGCCACGCCCCCUAUCACUAGCCUCAACGCCCGCCACCUUCCCAGAAGCCUCGGGACUGUGCCACCUGCCGCCUUAAAGCUUGCCGCUGCCGCCAACAACUGUCAGCUCCCUAAAGUCACUACUGGGGAAAAUCGUGAGCAGGAGAAACAGUCCCUUAACAGUAUAGCGGAGAACACAGUCGCCAUGGAAGUGACGUAGUGAUCGUUACUAGGGUGUGUCCCCUCACCCUACCCAGUCUAGGCUUUUGGUGCUGUGCACCAAACGCGUUUUGGGGAUGCAAAGGGACAGUGGGUUUCCGUGGCAGCUGUCUGUACUCGACAGCAAAAUAUCAUCUCUCGUCUUUCCCCCCCCACC